AUGGACAACAUCGACGAGGAAUAUGACCGGCUUGUUAAACACCUUCACGACUGCGCGGAGAAGGCUGAGAGUCUUAAAACCACCAAGAGACGCCUGUCUCUUGAAACUCUUGAGCUGAUACGCCAGCGUGGAGCAGCACGAGCCGCAGGGAACCAAGAACUCACGUCCGAGCUCGCAAGGCUUUGCAGAGAGGCCAUAAGGGAAGACUUUAAAGAGAGAAGAGCAGAAGUGCUGGCUGAAGCUGCAGAGGCGGGGAAAAACAUCCGCUAUGCCCGUCGAGACUUCGCCAGUCGCAAGACAAGGAUGACUAGAAAAUCAUCUAAGACUUCUACUCUGAUCUCUUCGACAGCCAUGUCCACUUGCCUCCUCACCAUCUGA